CAUUCAUAAAGGUCAUUGAAAUAUCGAUACGGCAAUAGUUGUAGCUUAAGAACGGAGAGGUAAACAUCGAAAGAGUUUAAUUAGAAAGACAAAUGCGACAAGUUAUUCAAAACUGUGAGCACAUAUCAAUGGAUAUGUCGGGUGUUGAGGAAAAUUUGGCAAAUGGAAUAAGCGUGGAAAAUGUAGCAGAUUGUCUUCAGUCGAACACGACGGGCACUCUACUGCUCGACUGCCGGCCAUUCAUUGCAUUCAACGACAAUCACGUUUUGGACGCACUCAAUGUUUACUGUCCUCCUAUCUUAAAAAGGAGGUCAAAUGGAUUUGUUAGUCUUGAAAACAUUGUUACCUGUGAACGCAAACGAAAAUUACUACAAGAGGGACAAUAUAAAAGUGUUAUCGUGUACGAUGCCGACACUACGGACCUUGCACAUUCGGCCAAGGAUUCGAACUUAUACCCAGUACUGAAGAGUUUGCGGCAGCAAGUUGAUAUAGAGCAAGUGAACUUCAUUAUUGGAGGGUUCAACGCUUUCAAGGCUAGCAAUCCACAAUUAUGCGUGGGCCAAAAUGGAAAUCCACCGGCAGUAACAUUGGCACCGCCACCGAAAUAUACUUCAUGCAAGGGCGGACCAGUGGAGAUUCUGCCGGGCCUCUAUCUCGGGGAUUCAUUACACUCUGCUCAACAAGAUACUCUCAGGGAGCUCGGGAUCACGUGCCUCCUCAACGUGUCAACCACGUGCAAAAACAUGUUCGAGCAAGACUUCGACUACAUGAACAUUCCUGUUAACGACAACGAUUCAGCAAACAUUUCUAGUUGGUUCAACGAAGCUAUCCACUUUAUAGACAAUGCAAGGGAUAAUGAAGGCAAAGUUCUCGUACACUGCCAUGCUGGUGUCAGCCGAUCAGCAACUGUUUGCAUCGCGUAUAUCAUGUACAAAAACACCAUGCAGCUUGAAGAAGCGUUUGAUCACGUGCGCUCAAAACGCGGAGUUAUUUCUCCGAAUCUCAACUUUAUGCAACAGCUGAAGGAAUUUGAAAAAGACCUAUUUGGUUCGGGUGCGAAAACUUACGAUAUUCCAGAUUCAGUGUCAUCAAUAUCAAAUUCGUUAGCGUCAGUCGACUUUGACCUCAGUUGCUCCUCGACUUCCGCUUCUGACUUUUCGGCGUCAAGUGGCGCUUUUGAUUUCACGUUCGCGUCUCCUGCCGUCCCACCAUUAUCACCGAGGGAGCUCGUGUCACCAAGCUAGAGACUGGUAUGGACAGAAUGUUUUCUCUAGAUUAAGUAUACAAAUGGAAUAUUGUUCCGUUUUGGGUGCUAUAUAGCCGAGUUGUUCGGUGAGAAGAAGCGUUGAAGACUGCCGCUGAAUGUUCAAUGUAAUUUGACAGUGGUGUCACAAGGCAUGGUGCUAUAGAGUGGAAUUCUUUGGAACCUAGUGCCAAAGAGAGAUUAACUGUGAUAUUUACACAUGCACACGAAAAACUAAAUGUAUGCAUCAUAAUCGAGCAGACGACAAAUAUUGCCGCUAUACAACUUUCGUUCAUUGUCUACGCAAUGUAUAUAGUUUGUUCAUAUUUUCAUUUCAUUUUGUACAUACGAUAUUACUGUUAUCUUUAUUUGACCACUUAUGUUGACUUGAACAAAGAAAAAUAUUUUUUCUACGAUUUGAACACCUAGACAAGAGUUUUCUUUAGUAAACUUACAGUUUAAUUCACCUGCAUAAAGGCUUCGAACUUGUAUAACAAGCAUUCUCAGGGACCAAAGAGCAUUACAGUCUAAAGCAUAAUAUUUUUUUCAUUUUGAUAUUGUAAGAAAUAUCCCUAGAUUUCAUGUAUUAAAGUUUCCAUGUUGAAUAACAUUGUGCCUUCAGAUCUGUACAUCAUAUCAGACUAGAUAAGACAGGUUAUUUUAUAUUUAAAAAUGUCAUAGAUUAUUAAAACCUAAUCCUUUUCAUGUUAUUUUCUAUAGACGAAUAUCACCUUUCCGAAAAAACACAUGAGCGAUUGUCAUUAUACAUUUAGAUGCCGGUUUUCAUUCAGCCUAAGGCAAAUCUAUAUUAAUAUACAUUACACAUUGUUUGAUCAUGUAUAUAUACACCCUACAUAUAUUUACUUGGAUAAAGGGAAAUUGUCAUCAGUUUCGCCCACAACCACCCGGCCUGCAUUUUGGCUAUGCUUUGAUUUCUGUCAAAAAUGUGCACAACCAUAAUUUUUUUCGGAGUUUCUUUUUAAAUAUUGCAAGAUUGCCACAUUUUUAGCCGAUUAUUUUACUGUCUCGGAACUGUUUGACAAGAUUCGAGCAGAGGCCAUUAAGGUACUGAUAAGAAGUAUCGACAAACAAACUCACAAAACGUAUUCACAUGCUAAACAUUCGUACAUAAAAUGAAAUGGAAAAAAAGUGCACAGAAAACAGCGAAUGGAGUGUUAAUAUUCCUGGUAAUUCAAACAUUUUUGCAACUUUUUGUAUUGUAAUAAACACUGCGCUAGACAUAUUCCUAAUUGAUGUUGUGUUGAGAUAAGGUAGGCCAUUCAAAAAUGGACAAGAAAUAAGUUCACGAAAUUUUGACUUUAUAUCCCGAAACAAAAAAGUUCAGUUUUCAACUAUAAACCGGUCAGUAGCACAAACUGUGGGCCGGCGAUUUUUAUAAGGGGUCAUGUAAUAAUUCCUAAUAGAGAGUAAAGUGAUAAAAAAAACAUUAGUUUUAAACGGAAAAGAUGGUAUCGUUUCUGCCUGCCAAUAUUGCUUUCUUCUGAUGACAUUUAGCUGGGAAAAAGGCAGAUCAAUUUAAUGAAUGAAUGACACUUUGUCAUCGAAAUUCUAACCGUCAUUAGGCUCAGGUGUUUAAAAGCAUCUUCUUUUUUUAUCACGAUUUGUCUGUUAAUUUCCCUUAUACACUGAUAAGGUAUUUGAUUUUUACUUUACUCGGACUGUUUUCAGGCUAAGAUCAAGGGAUGUAGUGGUAAUAAGUUUGACUGUCAAUCUUGAGGUCCGGGGUUCGAAUCCCCGUCCAGGCACUGAAAAUUUCUGAAUAACUCUUGAGUAUAUCCUAUCUAAGUAAGAGGUCAGUGCUUGCCUUCACAGUACAGACGGCUUCGCGUGUAUCGGUCCUACACACGUUGACACAGAGAACCAUACCGUAUUUCGACAAAGAGCUGGGCUAAGGCAGCCGGACAUGCCGGCAUCUAAACGUUUUCUUCCUCUGUUCUUGAAACUCCCUUUGGUCAGAUUGUACUUUAUCUGUAUUUGUAGUGGAUGGAUUUAGCGCCCUGAGUGGCUGCCUUUAUAUGUAAAGGUCAUUUGAACGUGCUUUUCAAGAAAUGUGCUAUAUAAAAAUCUGAUAUAAUAUCAUAUAUUUAAUGAAUAAUAAAAAAAUAUGUUAUGUUGAAAAUGCUCUUGUAUACGGGUUCUGUGAACAUAAACAACUUUGAAGGCCUAAAAUUACAAUUACAAAUGUGUUUUGAUUGACAUUUAUUUUUACAUAUCUUGAGUCUUGAAAUUAUUUCAUCUUCAACACUUUUGAUAUCCAACAAUCUUAAGUGUAUUUAACGGAAACAGCUAUUUGUAAAUUUGUAUUGAUUGUACGAGUAAUUUAUUGAUUAAUUCAUGUUCUAUGUUGAAUAAACUGUUUAUCAAAUUGA